AUACUUCCCCUGUUUUUCAAUCUCUCUCUCUCUCUCAUUAUUUUUUCACCGUUCUCUUCUCUUUCCUCUGUAGGCAUUGAAAACAGAGGAAGGAGAAACAACACAUAAAAACAGAGAGAGAGAAAACAGAAAAGAGAAAGAGAGUGAGUAAAAAAAUCACAAAAACAAUAAAGCACUCACUCACUUACUCACUCGCUCACUCACCCACCCACCAUGCGAAUCUGAAGAGAACAGAAUAACUCACUUCUCUCUCUAUCUUCUUUUUCGCGUUCUCAAUGGCCAUUCAUUGAGAACAAAACAAAAAACCUAAAAGGAAAAAAAUAAGAGUAAGAGUAAGAGUAAGAGUAAGGUCUUUGUUUUAUCUGUUAUUUACUUUGAUGAAUGGCGGAAGCAAACGGCGACGUUUUCCAGUGGCUGAAGUCGAUGCCGUUAGCGCCGGAGUACAGGCCGACGCUAACGGAAUUCCAAGAUCCGAUCGCCUACAUUUUCAAGAUCGAGAAGGAAGCUUCCAAGUACGGAAUCUGCAAGAUCAUACCGCCGUUUCCACCGCCGCCGAGGAAGGUUGCAAUUGCCAACUUCACUCGCUCGCUGACUAAGCCCGACGAGCCUAACUCAAAGCCUACAUUCACCACUCGCCAGCAGCAGAUCGGGUUCUGCCCCCGCCGGCCCAGGCCCGUUCAGAGGCCCGUGUGGCAAAGCGGUGAGAACUACACUUUUCAGGAAUUCGAGGCUAAGGCCAAAGCAUUCGAGAAGAGCUACCUCAAGAAGCAUCAUCUUCACCACCAAGGCCACCGGAAGGGAGGAGGAGGUGGUGGUGGUUCCGGUGGCCUAGGGCCUCUCGAGGUGGAGACGCUGUUCUGGAAGGCGACCGUUGACAAGCCGUUCUCGGUGGAGUAUGCGAACGACAUGCCGGGCUCGGCGUUCAGCCGGAAAUGCAGGGAGGAGUGUGCGGCGGCGCUAGCGGAGUCGGCGUGGAAUAUGAGGGAGAUUUCGAGGGCGAAUGGUUCUUUGUUGAGGUUCAUGAAGGAGGAGAUACCUGGUGUUACUUCUCCUAUGGUGUAUUUGGCUAUGUUGUUCAGCUGGUUCGCUUGGCAUGUUGAGGACCAUGACCUCCAUAGCUUGAAUUACCUUCACAUGGGUUCUGGGAAGACCUGGUAUGGCGUGCCGAGAGAUGCAGCCGUUGCGUUCGAAGAUGUUGUUAGGGUUCAUGGAUAUGGCUCUGAGAUUAAUCCUCUUGUUACUUUUUCUACUCUUGGCGAGAAAAACACAGUGAUGUCACCUGAAGUAUUGAUAAACGCAGGUGUUCCAUGCUGCAGGUUGGUUCAAAAUGCUGGGGAGUUUGUUGUGACUUUUCCAAGAGCUUAUCACACAGGGUUUAGUCAUGGUUUUAAUUGUGGAGAGGCAGCCAAUAUUGCAACGCCUGAAUGGUUGAGAGUUGCAAAAGAUGCUGCUAUUCGGAGGGCUUCAGUAAAUCAUUCUCCUAUGGUUUCACAUUUCCAGUUACUUUAUGACCUAGCCUUAGCUUUGUGUUCUAGAAUUCCUGAGAGUAUCACUGCUGAACCACGGAGUUCUCGCCUUAAAGAUAAGAAGAGGGGUGAAGGGGAAACUGUAAUUAAAGAACUAUUUGUCCAGGAUGUGUCACAGAACAAUGAUCUGCUUCAAGAACUCAGCAAGGGAUCUGAGAUAAUACUUCUACCUCGUAGCUCAUUUGACAUUUCUCUUUGCUCAAAAUUACGUUCUGGAUCCAAACAACGGAAAGUGAACUCUCGAUUUUCCCUUGGUGCAUGCAACUCCGAGGAAAUGAAUUCCUCAAAAGGUUUUGUUUCUGAUGAUCUGGCAUUCAGCAUGAACAGAGGAAUCAAGCAAGAAGGUUCCCUUUCUAUAAAAGACAAGAUUACUUCAUUGUGUGAAAGGAGCAUGAUUUCCUCAUAUGAUGUAAAUGGCAACAUCUGCUCUUCAAGUUCCAAGCAACAUCAAGGUGACAAUGAAAGAGAAAGUGGUGAAGGGGAUGGAUCGCCAGAUAAGAGACUUUUUUCAUGUGUCACAUGCGGAAUAUUGUGCUUUCCUUGUGUAGCUAUUGUACAGCCUAGAGAAUCUGCUGCUAGAUAUCUCAUGUCAGCUGAUUGUAGUUUCUUUAACGAUUGGGUAGUUGGUUCUGGAGUGUCUAGCAAAAAGUUUAUUGCCCAUGAAGAAGCGGCUUUUCCUGAACCAAGUAUGUAUGCAGGGUGGACAGAAAAGAAGACCCAAGGAUUGUAUCAGGAUCCUGUUCAAUCUGCCCAGUAUCAGCUACAGACUGCUGAGCGUAAUUAUGAGGAGUCCCUUGGAAAAAGCAAUACAGCUCUUGCAUUGUUGGCUUCAACAUAUGGAAAUUCUUCCGACUCUGAGGAAGAGCAUGGUGACUCAGAUAUUGUAGUUGAUGGUCAUGAAUCACCUGUGAUUAAUGCCACAUUAGGAGGAUCACCAUCUAAUUUUCAAGAUGGCUGUGCUAUUCCCCUUACUGGACCUGAUAGCAGAAAUGAUUUUAGUCAUCAAUCUUUUGACCACUCUUUAGAAAAACAGGAUUCUGAUACUGCUUCAGGGUUUGCAUUAAAAAAUAUGAGGGCAAUGUAUACCAAUGAUACUGAAAAAGCAUUGUUGGGCAAGGCUAUGGUUCCAAAUGAUGAUAAAAAUGCCUCAGUGAUGCCACAAGGUGAUCAAGACUCAUCUAGAAUGCAUGUCUUCUGUCUGGAGCAUGCUGUAGAAGCAGAGCAGCAACUUCGCCCAAUAGGUGGAGCCCACAUAAUGCUCCUAUGCCAUCCAGAUUUCCCCAAGAUAGAGGCUGAAGCUAAGCUUGUAGCAGAAGAUCUUGGGAUUGAUUACCUGUGGAAGAAGAUUGAGUACAGGCAUUCCAGCAAGGAGGAUGAGGAGAGGAUCCAGGUAGCCCUGGAUAGUGAGGAAGCUAUUCCUGGGAAUGGGGACUGGUGUGUGAAGCUGGGAAUCAAUCUUUUCUACAGUUCAACUCUUAGCCGUUCUCCUCUUUACAGUAAGCAGAUGCCUUACAAUUCUGUCAUAUAUUAUGCAUUUGGCCAAAGCUCUCCAGCAAGUUCACCAUUAGAACCAAAGGUCUAUCAGAGAAGGGUUAACAAGCAGAAAAAGAUAGUUGCUGGGAAAUGGUGUGGUAAAGUUUGGAUGUCCAGUCAGGUACAUCCUCUUUUGGCCAAAAGAGAUUCUGAAGAUGUUGAAGAUGAGAAAAGCUUACAUGGGUGGGGAUUACAUGAUGAGAAAAUAGAGAGAUCAGGAAGCAUCCCUAAAAGCGAAACUAGUGCCAGAAAAUCAGGUAAGAAGCGGAAAAUGACUAUUGAGAAUGGAAGAGCCAGGAAAGGCAGUUUUGCUGAGAGAGAUGUGGAUUUGGAUAAUCCAACUGAAGACAAACCUAACCAACAGCUGAGGAGGACUCUUAGAAGUAAGCAAGCCAGGGAUAUUGAGAGUGAAGGUGCGGAUUUGGAAGGGGAUUAUUCUCCCCCAUAUCAUAGAAAACCUUUAAGUGACCAAACAAAUUGCACAGGAAGUGAUGCAGUUUCUGAUGAUUCACUUGAUGAUAAAUUUAUUGACAAUGAUGUGGUUUCAGAUGAUACAAUGGUCUAUGAUUCUGAUUGCCAUCAGAGAUUUGAACAUAGCAGCAUGCAAGUUGAAGACAUAGAAGAUGCAGUUUCUGAGGAUUCAUUGGAUGAUGGUUCUCUUCAGCUUCAUAGGAAGAAUUCUAAAAGCAAGCAUGCCAGAUACAUUAGAAAAGGCAGAUACAUCGCUGAGAAAGAGGAAAUGAUGUCUGAUGACCAAUUGGAGCCACACAAGAAGAAGAAGCAACAGAGGAAUCCUAAAAGCAGGCAAGCGAAAUACCUUGCAAGAGAAGAUGCUAUAUCACAUGGUCAAUUGGAGGGACAUUGUCGCAAGUAUAGAAAGACUCCUAAAGGUAGGCUGGCCAAAUAUGUAGCAGGGGAAGAUGUAUCAUCUGAUGAGCAAUUGGAGAAUUACAGUCGGAAGCAGCAAACAAGUCUUCCUAAAAGGCAGAAAAACAAAGGUGUAUUGACUGAUGACCAAUUGGAGGACCAUUUUCAGAAGCAGCAAAAGAAUGUUUCUAGGCGAAGGCAAAACAAAGGCAUUGAAAGAGGGGUUAAAGAUGAAAUGUCUGAUGACCAAUUAGAGGAUCACGUUCAGAAGCAGCAAACUAGUGUUUCUAAGAGAAGGCGAAACAAACAAAUUGAAAGAGAUGAUGUAAUGUCUGAUGAUGAAAUGGAGGAUCAUUUUCAGAAGCAGCGGAGUAGUAUUCCUAGAAAUAGGCAAAACAGUAAUUCUCAUCUGGCCCAUAAAACUCCUAAACGAAAGCAAGCGAAAUGCGUUGAUGAUGAUGAUGGUGAUGAUGAUGAUGUAAAUUCUGACGAUGAAGUGGAAGAUGAUUCUCAGCAGAAGCAGCAGAGAACUCUUAGAAGCAAGCAAUCAAAACCAAUGACACUUAAGCAGAUGAAGCAAGCUCGCUCUCUCCAACUGAAAAAUCAGACAUCCCGGUCUGUAAAACGAGGUGCUCAGACACUUAAGAAAUUAAAGGCAUCUCAGAUUCGGAAUAAGCAAUCUGGUAAAUCCAGAGAGUUUAGUUUGAAAAUGGAAGAGGGGGAAGAAGGUGGACCUAGCACACGCCUUAGGAAGAGAGCCCCAAAAGUCGAGGAGUCUGAUGGAAUAUCAAAAGAAAAACAAACCAAAAAGAAAAGGGUGAAGAAUGCUACAUCUGCAAAGGCAGCUAGCAAUGCUAAAGUGAAGGAUGAGGAAAAUGAAUUCCAGUGUGACAUUGAUGGCUGCACCAUGAGUUUUGGGUCAAAACAGGAGCUGAUGCAUCACAAGAGAAAUAUAUGUCCUGUAAAAGGUUGCGGGAAGAAGUUUUUCUCGCACAAAUAUCUGGUGCAGCACCGACGAGUUCACGAGGAUGACCGCCCAUUGAAGUGCCCUUGGAAGGGCUGCAAGAUGACUUUCAAGUGGGCAUGGGCUCGUACAGAACAUAUUCGAGUCCACACUGGUGCGCGACCGUAUGUAUGUGCCGAGCCAGGCUGUGGGCAAACAUUCAGAUUUGUGUCUGAUUUCAGUCGCCAUAAGCGUAAGACUGGGCACUCAACAAAGAAGAGUCGCUAAUAUCAAUUGGAGUAGAUGUUGUUGUUACUUUAACAUGGUUUAUGAAUUUAUGAAUCCAUUGCUCAAUUGACCAUUCUAGGACUAGGUUUUAUUAACAGUUUAGGAUAUCCCUGCAAUUGCCAUUUAGAGUAACUAUUAAUUCUGUUUCUUUUUGGGUAUUUUUAACCCAUUUGUUUAUUCUAAUUGAAGCAAUUGCUUAGAUUUGGAAACAUGAUAUUCAUCCAAUUCUAUCACAUGCAAAUGUUGUUCCAACAUUUAUGUACAAUCCUUAAGAAUUUGUUCCAGUGGCACUUCCCCUGGUUAAGGUGUAUUUUGGUAGGGGUGUCAUUUUGUAGAUGAUUGCUGAAUUUAGAGUAGAUUUAUUAUUAUUAUUUUUUA